AUGAGUGCACAAUCCGAAACUGACCAGAUAAGCAACAAAUUGGAGCUUGUAGCGCACUUUUUCGUUAUUUAUCUGGGUCAUUGCAACAUUCUGGCAGAUAACGCCAAUAUACAGUUUAAAGAGGUUGGACGCAAGAAUAUCGAGCUACAACUGAGCGCUAAUCCUCAAGCACUACGUCAGAAGUUUAAAUGCGAUCAGUGUGAUGCUGUGGAGGUGAUCUUGAUGGAUUUAAGCGGCGGCCAGAAAUGCAUGAUUAGUGUAUGUUUAGAGGAAAGGCCUCUUGUCCAAGAGAUUUUCAACUACGAAAGAGACUUUUUCAACAAUGGCCUCGAAGUUCCGUUUCCGGUGGUAAGAAGCCGUGCAAUCGAUUUUUAUACUCCCUACGUUGAUACCAGUCUGGAAGCCAAAUUUCAUUUAAGAAGCGGGACUUCAACGGGUCAUGAACCGCAAGGCGAGCCUGAGAAUAUGAACUUAACAUCUCCAGACUAUGCAGCGGUUCACCAGAGACUGGAAAGGCUGAAAUUUGGGAACCCUCCCUUACCUGUGGGUCGCCAGCCCUCCCGUAGAAGGAGCAGUAUUCAUGACAUGCCACGAUUCGACGACGAAUACGAAAUCAAUCAAAACGCUGGAAUCCCUGCAACAGGUGAAUUUGGAGUUCCUGGACUAGCAUCGGGCUAUGGUGAACAAGAUCUGUACCCAAAUGGACAAAAAUACCCUAAUUUGCAAGAUCCAACACAGCAGUUUCCCGGAGCAAAUAAUCGCUCUAACGGUCCAGGAGGAAUGACGUUUGAUCCGUUUAGAGGGAAUCCUACAGAUCCUAGAUCCGAUCCUCUAAGUGGAGAUCCCUCCUCAACGGGAGGUCCUAAACCUCCGUUCCCGGGUGCCCGCUUCGACGAUCCGUUUGGCAGACCAGACUUCCACGGCGGUGGUGGAGGGUUUAUCUGA